AUGUGCAGACGCGUACUGGAAGGCAAACAGAGAUUGCUUGGACCAGAUCAUCCUUCAAUCCUCGCCGUGGUCCACGAUUUGGGUACUAUAUGCGAUGACCAGGGAAAAUUGGACGAGGCUGAAGAUUUGUUCUUGCGAGCACUGCAGGACUGGGGACGAAGUUUAGGUACAUGGAAUAUCUCAACUCUCAUGACCGGUCAAAGACUUUGUGGCGUUUAUGUUGCUCAGCGUCGAUUUGUGGAUGCGGAAGAAAUUUGCCAACAAGUAUUGCAUGGAUAUGAAAAUUCGCUCGGCUCAACUGAUCCUUUGACUUUGAACGCUCUCUGCCUACUCUCUGCCUAUUGA